AUGUAUCGGGGCUCCUUUGCUCCCCCGCCCGCGCACUCGCCGCCCCUGCACCACCCUGUCCCGCAACAUGUCUCGACCGUGCCUAUGAUGCGCUCGCCGCCGCCCCCAGCUCCCCAGCAGCCUCCAAGUGCUGGCUAUGGAGGCAAUCCUUAUCAACCAUCGCCAGGACAAGGUGGCAGUGGUACAUAUGGGCCCGGGCUAGGCGGGAUCAUCAACGACCCGACAGCUCAAAUGGGAUUCCAAGUUGGCAAGAGCGCCAUGAUGGCGGGACAGGAGUACAUGGAGCAAAACUUGAAUCGCUACGUUUCGAUCCCCGCCCUUAAACACUACUUCAACGUCUCCAACUCCUAUGUCCUCAACAAAUUGGCCCUCGUCCUCUUCCCCUGGCGACACAAGCCCUGGUCCCGCCAGCAAGCCCGCCUGAACAGCAGUGCUGGCAGUCCCAACGGCCAGAUCGCCCAGCAACAGUAUUCGUCUAUGUUCCUACCCCCACGAGAUGAUCUCAACUCGCCCGACAUGUACAUCCCCGUCAUGGCGUUAGUGACCUACAUCCUGUUGUCAGUGUUGCUCGCCGGAUUCAGAGGCAAUUUCCACCCCGAAUUAUUGGGCUCGAUCACCACCACGGCCAUCGCAGUGAUCAUCUUCGAGAUCUUGUGCCUGAAGCUGGCCACGUACAUCCUCAGCAUCAACCAGGACUCGCAGCUGCUGGAUCUGGUGGCCUACUCGGGAUACAAGUUCGUUGGCAUCAUCGCCACUCUCGUUGCCUCGGAGAUCUUAACGCCGGGGCAGGGAACCGGUGGUUGGGUUGGCUGGACGGUCUUUGCGUACACGUUUCUCGCAAAUGCGUUCUUCCUACUCCGGUCGUUGAAAUAUGUCUUGCUUCCCGACUCGACCGACGCCACGAUGCGGACAGGCUCGAUGCACACCGUGGCUCGCUCCCAGCGCAACCGACGCACUCAGUUUUUGUUCAUCUACGCGUAUGUCAUCCAGUUCAUCUUCAUGUGGGUUCUCAGCCGCGAGGGCCCGUCGGCUCUGGUUUCGGCGGCGGCCAGCAGCGCGGGUUCGUCAUAG